AUGAAAUUUCUUAUUGGGCUCUUGUUGUUCUUUGUUUGUUAUUCGUGGUAUUCUUCUUUCAAAAUACUUGCCAUUGCUCCGAAUGAAAACUUUGAAAAAUCCUUGCAAUAUCGGAAUGCUUCCUCUUUCCAAUUUCAUAUCAAAUCUUCCAUCCUUGCUGCUUGUCUAAAUUCCCACCACUCUAACAAUGCAAAUACUUGCAAAUCUUCCUCCACUCAUAACCAUCGUGCUGAUGUUAAUGAUGCUGAACCAAUUUUUGAACUUUCCUGUCGUUGCACAACUUUAAAUCCGAUGAAUAAUGAUCCUUCUCUCACCACCAAAAACAACCUCGACCAAAUAUUGCAACAAUACCAAAAUUCAUUGACUUUGGACUCCCCGAAUCAAUCGACCACCCCCAACUACUACGGCUCUUGUUCUGUUACUGACAAUCGUGAUGAUGAUGCUUCUGGUGCUUCUUCCUCUGCUUCUUCCUCUGCAACUGCUACCUUGAUUAAUACCAACCAAAAUAGUACUAAAAACUCUCUCAAAGAAGUAGAAGAAAAAACAACAACUCCCUCCAAACAACUCUUAGAAAUAAUGAAUAAGAACGACUUGUAUGCACUUGCUCCAAAUCACUUCCUCUACAAUCCAAUGUUGAAUAAGGAUACCGCAUUCACAGUGGAGGAUCGUGAAAAAUUGGGUCUUCGUGGAUUGUUGCCACCACACGUUGAGACCAUUACUCAUCAAUUGGUGAGAUGCUUGAGACAAUUCCGUAACUUUAAAAAUCCAUUGGACAAGUAUGUUUACUUGAUGAGUUUGCAAGGUAGAAAUCAAACCUUGUUCUUUAAAUUGUUGAUUGAUAACAUGGUUGAAAUGUUGCCAAUUGUCUACACACCAACUGUUGGUGAUGCUUGUCUUCAAUUCGACCAAAUUUGGAGAGUUGCUCAAGGCAUGUACAUCUCAUUGGAAGAUAAGGGAUCAAUUUCUGCAAUUUUGAAGAAUUGGGAACCAAAGCAACCAGAUAUUAUUGUCGUUUCCGAUGGUUCACGUAUUUUGGGUCUUGGUGAUUUGGGUGCUAAUGGUAUGGGUAUUCCAAUUGGUAAAUUGAAUCUCUAUGUUGCUGCUGCUGGUUUCCAUCCAGAUAAGACUUUGCCAAUUUGCAUUGAUGUUGGUACUAACAAUCCAGGAUUGUUGGAAGAUGAUUUAUAUUUGGGAUUGAAGAGAAAGCGUGUUCGUGGACAAGAAUUCUUUGAUUUCAUGAAGGAAUUUAUGAUUGCUGUCAAGACUACAUGGCCAAAUUGUUUAGUCCAAUUCGAAGAUUUCUCAAAUGAUGUCUGUUUCGAUUUAUUGGAUCAAUAUCGUAAUGAACAAUUGUGUUUCAAUGAUGAUAUCCAAGGUACUGGUGCUGUCAUUGUUGCUGGUUUCAUCAAUGCUGCCAAGAUUACUGGUAAGAGAACUUAUCAACACAAAUUAUUAUUUAUGGGAGCUGGUUCUGCUGCCACUGGUGUCGCUGAUCAAUGUGUUGGUGUCAUGAAAUUGCAAGCUGAAGAAGAUGGAUUGAGCAAGGAAGAAAUUGAUGCCAUGUCUGAACAUUGGGUUUAUUUGGUCGAUUCUAAGGGAUUAGUUACACAAACUCGUUCUGAUUACGAAGAAAUGCCACAUCACAAGAAGAAGUAUGCCAAGAAGGGUGAUGAAACUUUGGGUAACUUCCAAUCCAAAUCUCUUUUGGAAAUUGUUCAAAAGACUCAACCAACUGCUCUCAUUGGUCUCUGUGGUCAAUCUGGUGUUUUCACUCAAGAUAUCAUUGAAGAAAUGGCCAAGAUUAACCAAAAGCCAAUCGUUUUUGCCUUGUCCAACCCAACUAAGAAUUCUGAAUGUACUGCCAAGGAAGCUAUUGAAUAUUCAAGUGGAAGAGCUAUCUUUGCUUCUGGUUCUCCAUUCGAAGAUGUUACUUACAAUGGAAAGACUUAUCAAUUGAGUCAAGGUAACAAUUUGUACAUUUUCCCAGCUUUGGGUCUUGGUGCUGUCGUUACCAGAUCAAAGCACGUUUCUGAUGUUAUGAUUUUGAGAGCUGCUCAAACUUUGGCCGAUCUCACAAGCCAAGAUAGAUUGGACAAUGGAUUGUUGUAUCCAAGUUUGACAAAUAUCAGAGAAAUUGCUCAAAAGAUUGCUGUCCAAGUUGGUAAACAAAGUGUUAAGGAAGGUCUUUCUCAAUUGACUGAAGAACAAUUACCAAAAUCUGAAGAAGAAUGGGUUAAAAUUGUUAAGGAUUAUGUAUAUACUCCAGAUUAUGAGUCCAAAUUGUAAAUAUUUCAACAAUUAAUUUAAACCAACUAUUAUAAACAUUUAAUAUUUCACUGAUA